AUGGACCGCACACCCGUCAUCUGUGACUAUGGUUCUGGCUCCAGCAAGGUUGGCUUUGCAGGAACUGAGGCCCCCCUGGCUGUCUUCCCUACCAUCCUCGGGAAACUGAAAUAUGAUAACCUGCUAGUGGGGUUGGAAAAAGAAGACUGGUUCAUUGGAGGUGAGGCCCAGAAUAAUCUACUUCAUCUGAACUUGUACUACCCCAUCACCCGGGGAACCAUCACCAACUGGGACAAUAUGGAGAAGAUUUGGCAUCACUCUUUCUACAGUGUCCUCCGAAUUGCCCCUGAUCAGCAUCCCAUAAUGAUAACAGAGCCGCCGUUAAACAAGAAGGACGUUAAAUGGAGAAUGACGCAGAUCCUAUUUGAAACCUUCAACGUCCCUGCCCUGUUCCUGGCUAAUCAAUGUGUCCUCUCCUUAUACGCUACUGGCAGAACCUCUGGAACAGCUAUUGAAUCAGGAGAGGGGAUGACAUACUUUGUGCCCAUCAUGAAUGGCUAUCCUUUGGAACUGUCGACCACCAGGAUGGAGGUAGCUGGCUUCGAUCUGACCCAGCAUCUCAUGAAGCUGCUGUCAAACAAUGGAAAAUUUUCCGUGACCACAGCUGAGCAAGUCUACAUCCGAGACCUGAAGGAGAAACACUGCUAUGUGGCACUGGACUAUGACAUGGAGGUAGCAAAAACCUCACAUCCCAGCUACCAGAAGAAACUCCAGUUGCCAGAUGGCAAGGAAAUCAUACUAGGGCAAGAGGCUUUCAUGUGCUCAGAAGGGCUCUUCAACAGCAGCCUCCUUGGAAUGACCAACCAGGGGAUCCACAUGCAGGCCCGGCAGACUAUCAUAUCCUGUGACAACUCCCACUGGAAGACUCUCUUCAGUCAUAUCACGCUAUCUGGUGGCACUGGUGCCUUCGCAGGCCUACGAUUGCGGCUGCAGGAUGAACUAUCAAAGCUGGCCCCUCCAGACAUCAGUGUGAAGGUGGUCGCCUCUCCGUAUGCCAAGUACAGUGCCUGGAUAGGUGGCUCCAUCUUGUGUUCUCUCUCUGUGUUUGAGGACAUGUGGGUCAGAAGCCAGGAGUAUAAGGAAAUUGGCCCUUCUGUUAUGUUUAGAAGAAGCUUCUGA